AUGAGGCAUUCCCGGGCACAGCACCAGUCCCACAGCUUCCCAAACUCUGAUGAUACGAUACAGGCCGACUCCCAGGUCACAGACGAAGUGUUCCUCAAUAAUGUCAAGCGGCCGAGAAACGCUGUGCUGGAACAGGGAAUGAACAGACUGCAGGACCUUGAAGGCGAUACAACUGCUUUGGCACCGGAACAUAUCUUCAGACCAUGGAGACAAAUCGUCGUCGGCCGCGGGAGCAAAAUCAGAGAGCUGGGCGGUGGUUCGUCAAUUGGGCUUCGGACUGAGGUAUCGAGCGAGAAGACUCCGUCAACCGGCAACCAGGAUAUCUCAACAUCGACGUUCAGCAACGAUUCCGUACGGUUCGGGCGCAGAGCUUCGCGACUAUUCAACGAGAGCGAUCCAGAUGCAACUUCACGAAAUUCGUACAGUCGGAUAUAG